AUGCACUCUUUGGCCCAUAACAAUAAUCCCCAACUGCAGCACUAUUUUCAAUUACAACAAGCAGCAACUUCUGCUUUGGCUACUCCGAACCAACUAAACGUUGGGGGAGCAACGAAUUUAAGUUCUCAACUUCAUGCUCCAAGUCUACUUGGACUACCUAUUGGAGGUGAUCCUUGGGGUACUGGUGCAGGCGGUCCGAUACCUUUACCGAUGCAUCAGCAGAAAUUAGCUCAGUUAGAAGAAGAAAAGAUUUACUCCCUAAUCACGGAAUUGACAAAUCCUGCAAACCGAGAACAAGCUCUGGUGGAAUUGAGCAAAAAGCGAGAGCAAUACGAUGAUUUAGCUUUGAUAUUAUGGCAUUCUUUUGGUGUAAUGGCGGCAUUGUUGCAAGAGAUCGUUUCUGUAUAUCCUCUUCUUUCACCUCCUGCGCUUUCUGGUCAAAUAUCUAAUCGUGUUUGCAACGCAUUGGCAUUAUUUCAAUGUGUUGCAAGUCACACCCACAUUCCUUUGUUUUUAUACCCAUUUCUUAAUACGACGAGUAAGACAAGGCCAUUCGAAUAUCUUAGACUAACAAGUCUGGGUGUUAUUGGUGCACUUGUUAAGAAUGACAAUCCAGAAGUGAUUUCAUUUUUACUGUCCACUGAGAUCAUACCGUUAUGUCUACGUAUAAUGGAAACUGGUAGCGAACUAUCCAAAACGGUGGCCAUAUUUAUUGUUCAGAAAAUUUUGUUGGAUGAUAUGGGCCUGGCAUAUAUUUGUGCUACUUAUGAACGAUUUUACGCUGUAGGAACUGUUUUGAGCAACAUGGUCAAUCAACUCGUUGAAACACAAGCUGUACGUUUGUUGAAACAUGUCGUUCGCUGUUAUCUUCGCCUUUCGGACAAUCCGAGAGCGCGAGAAGCCCUCCGUCAAUGCUUACCAGAACCUCUCCGCGAUGCCACGUUUUCGCAAGUCCUCAAAGAUGAUAUAGUCACCAAGCGAUGUUUGGCUGCACUUCUUGUCAAUCUGUCAGACAACGUCGUCACUACAAAUUAA